AUGUCAGCCCAUCUGCCGAACGACCGACUCCGAGCUUUGCCGUUUAUGGUCACGCAGUCAACGGCUUCGUCCGGAGUUGGCUUCAUAGGAAAAAUCGAGUUUAUUUCACAAGACAUCGCCGUGCACGUUACGUUUCGUGAUAUGUAUGCGCGUCGCGUUGGGCGAUGCGGCGAGUGGAGAUCGUUGAAAUAUUUGCCCGUACUACGGAACCGAGGUGGACAUCCAAUGGACACCGAACAAAGUAUCAUCUACAGAGUAUCCGAACAUGACUAUGAGACGUGUGCGCUAUCAUCGACAGCCCGUGAGCUGGGCCGAUGUAUAUCUCCAAACCGACGCGACAAAGUUAAAGUGUCGUUUCGGCUGCUUAGCCCGAACCCUUCUGCGCUGGACUAUCGACCUGGACAAACAUACUAUUUUAUAUCCACCUCGACUGGAUCGCAGUUUGGUCUCGACAACAAAUUCGGAGGUCUGUGCGCUAGUCCAUCGCUUGAAAAUGGUCAUACACGGCAUAUUCAUCGAGUUCACAAGAAACCAGCCACCACUAGCACCACAGAAGCUCCUCAAUGGCCUUCUGAUCCACUAUGGGGCGAAUUUUUCGAAAAGGUGGGACGCGGAGAGAAUCCCAUUUGGCCUACAGUAACCCGAGGCGAACGACUUUCAUUAGACGGUGAUAAUCGCCGACAUGAGUAUGAAGCAUUGGCAUUGGGCGACGAGCUGGACUUUCAAAUCCACGAGAUUGGAGACGUGGAAAGCCUAUUCUCGUCAUCACCACGUCCAUCGACUGCGUUAGUCCUGAUACUGAUAGCUGGCUUGAUCUUUAUUUGA